CAUCAGAUCGACCUCAACGUCACUAGAUCACUGCUCAUCGUGGACAUCAUCUUGUAUCUUGUCUCGAUAUCGACAUCGAGCUAGGGAAACAGACAGUAUCAAGAACGCCGUCGGUCGUUACGAUGUCAUCGGUCCCCACUGCCGAGGUAUACCUCGCGCCCGGGUUCGAACCUUCUUCAUUAAAGGUCGCCCAACUUCGCGGAAUCCUCACAGAGCAUUCCAUUCCCAUCCCAUCGACAUCCAAGAAAGCCGACCUCGUCAACCUCUUUAUCACUCGGGUCAAGUCCAAAGCCGCGGCUUAUCACGAUAGGGCGAAUAGCGUUGUCCCUAGUACGGAUGGGAUUAGGGAGAUCGGAGAGGAUGGCGUGGAGAUGAGCCCAGAACCUCCUCAACGUCCCGUCGUCCGUUCUCGUCCUCGCCAAUCCCGACAAUCAGCGACCCAAGACGAGCCCGCCGCCGUGGAAGGUGACGUGUUCACAUAUAACCCCAAUGCAGAGUCCGCGGCUGCAGGACGCGAAGAAGCCGUCCGAAGACGAACACGCCGAGUGACACGUUCGACUUCCCACACGCCCCUAGACGGAAACGCCGAUCAGGUCGAAGGACUCCCUAGAACUUUAAAGUCUAAACCGUCUUUCUCUUCGUUUGUCGAACAAGACGAGGAGCUUGAUUAUCGAAACCAAGGUCAAGAGCAAGAUGUCGGGGUGGAGGAGACGGUGAUCAAGAAGAAGAAGACGAGCAGGAAGAGCAAGAAGAACGAGGUCGAUCUCGGCUUGGGAGCUGAGCUUAGUGUGAGGGAGGCGGAGGAGGAAGAGGAGCGGGAACGAGAACAAGGAUGGGAGAAGACCCCUUCCCGAUCCAGGCUCUUGCCGACCUUGUCUAACACCUCGACACCUACCCAAGCAGCCACUUCAGGCAGGUCUUACGAAUCGCCCAACAAGUUUACCCCGCUCGCCAGUUCGAAGCAGCAACAACCCGGAAGCGGACGGAAGGAGAGGGAGGAAUCAGGGUUUUCGGAUUAUAACCCUUUCCAGAGCGGGGAUGGAGAAGAGGAGGGUAUGGGGAGGAAGACGCCGAGGAAGACUAAGAGGAAGACUUUGGGGGAACGCAAGUCUUCAACUCUGAACGUGACAGAUUCACCUGCUGUGGAGCAAAGUGGAGGUUCGCCCUCGAAAACGGACGCUACGUCUCCCUUAGAGACGGACAUCUCUUCUCCAUUAAGAACGGCCGGUGCGUCUCCACUGAAGACGGACACCACAUCCCCGUCCAAGACGCUCAGUGCGUCGCCGUUGAAACGGAUUCUGGAUCUCGCUUCCUCUGUCACUGCGACGACCCCAACGAAAUCACCCUCAUCUUUACGAAAGAUCGAGCCGGAUUCAUCGGCGAUGAGAACGACUCCAGAGGGGUGGAGUAAAAAGCGUGUGGAGGCGAGCCCGAGCAAGAUGCUUAGGUUCGAGAACGAUGGCGAAGACGAUGGCAAUGGCAAUGGUGUGGUUGCGGAUGAUGACCUGCCUGAGAUGGCCGAUGACGACGUGGAUAUCGAUGUCAAGGUCGAACAAGAAACCCCAAGCCGGAAGAAAACGCAAACAUCGUCGUCCCUCAUCAGAGCGGCGUCGACCCCCGUUCAAGACCAGCAAGAGUCCCGGUUGGUUCAACGUGAAUCUAGCGCACUCGCCGCCAAAUCCGAGACCAAGAUCAAGUUCUCCAUGAUGAUGGCCCUUCUGGCCUUCCUCACUUGGGCUUAUCAGUUUCAGCAACAAUCCAUCCCUCUUGGGUAUUGCGACCCGGCUAGCGCAUCCAACUCGAUCAUCCGGGCCAAGGAAGUGCGAUUGGUCAAGGCUACCGAAUGCAUGACCGAGCGUGAAGCUCAAAGGCGGGAUCACGCGGUACCGGACGAUCAGCUCUCGGCCUGUCCGUACGAGUCCGAGUUGCCGCUGGUCGGAUUUGUACCCCGGCCCGACAAGUGUACUCCCUGCCCGAGUCACGCCUUGUGCCAAGAUGGCAAGGUCACCGGGUGCAAGGGAGAGUACAUCCUCGAACCUCACCCGCUGCUCGAUUGGCUCAAUCCGGUGCUCAGCGGAUUGCCUGGUGUCGGUCCCGUGGCUAUUCCUCCGACUUGCGAACUCGAUGUCAGGACCAAGGCUCAGAUCGGCGAGAUCGCGAAAAAGGUCGAAGAGCGCUUGGCGGGACGCAAGGGCGAGACCAUCUGUGCUGGCGGGAGGAAGAACAAGGGGGACAAGAGAAGCGAGGUGGAGAAGUUUGGGAUUGACGAGGAACAGCUGUUUCAGCAUUUCGUCAGGAUGGUCAAGGUGACUCCCGAGCAAUUCAGGAUCAACCUCAGGGCCGCCUUGAAGGACUUGGUUGUUCAUAAAAUCGUUCAACACGAAGUCAUCGACGGACGAGACGUCUACUCGGCCGUCCGGGCGGACAUGCCGGCUUCCUGUCGAUUGCGUAUAGCUGCGACCGAACAGAUCGUAGACCACAAGAACGAAAUCGGCCUGGGCUCGUUCGGAAUCGCUCUAUUGGCCUACCUCAGGUCUUAUUACCAGAAUAAACGCAAGGAAAGCGCCAAGGUCAAGAAACUGGUCAAGACCGCGUUAUCAAGGUUGCAGGACCAGAGUUACACGCAUUAUAUCGACCCUGUCCAGGCCCCCGAGCCCUUCCUUCGCCCUAAUCAAUUGCGGGAUUUCGUGCUCGACCAUAUCCAUAACGCCAAUACUCGGCAGAGGCUAUGGGUCAAGGUCCAGCCUAUCAUCGAGACGAAUGCCAACGUCCGAGUUAGCGAACAAGAAGUCAUGGGUGACACGUGGAAGAUUUGGGAAUGGAUCGGCGUGAGCAAGAUUGACGCUCAGCAUCUGGAUACUGUCGAGGGUUCGAUGUAUCUUCAGGCUUGAGCUUCGUCCGUCCGGGUCUAUUCAGUGUAUCGGUUGUAUGAUUAUCCUCAUUCUUGCCCUUUCCUCCUGUCGCUCGCGAAUGUCCGAGCUACAAGCUAUACAAGAUUCGCGCUCGCCUCGUA